AAAUCAAUGGAAACUUCCGUUCGGCUGAAGAAGGCGGAGCUAAGGUUGAUCCUCUCGUGAGUUUUUGGUAGGAAAUAUUGGGAAGGGGCAUGCAAGGAGGCAGGUUGGGCAAUUUCUGAGGGAUAAUGUCGACGGAGAGGCUGAUUUCGGGCGGCGGCGGCGGCGGUCAUUCGGCGUUUUCGUCUGCGCACUCGCUUCGAUACGGUAGCGAGGCGGCUGAGGGGAUUUUCGAUGAGCUUCCGACGGGGACAAUCGUGUCAGUUUCGCGGCCGGAUGCGAGCGACAUCACGCCAUUGCUUUUGUCUUACACUAUUGAGCUCCAGUACAAACAGUUUAAUUGGCGUUUGGUGAAGAAAGGUUCCCAAUUUCUAUAUUUACACUUGGCACUGAAGAAACGAGCAAUCAUUGAGGAAUUUCAUGAAAAGCAAGAGCAGGUAAGGGAAUGGCUACAAUACAUAGGAUUAGGUGAUCAUGCAACAGUUGUGCAUGAUGAGGACGAACCUGACGAUGGAGCUAUGCCAAUAUACCAUGAUGAUAGUGUUAAAAACCGAUCUGUUCCCUCAAAAGCUGCUCUAUCUAUCAUCCGUCCAUCUAUUGGCAAACAGCAGGCCAUUUCUGACAAAGCAAAAGCUUCCAUGCAAGGUUAUCUAAAUCAAUUUCUGGGAAACUUGGACAUUAUUAAUUCACGAGAGGUGUGUAGGUUCUUGGAGGUGUCUAGGUUUUCAUUUUCUCAAGAGUAUGGUCCAAAGUUGAAAGAAGGUUAUGUGAUGGUUAAACACUUGGCAAUGUUUUCAGAGGAUGAUACAUGCUCACGUUGCUGCCUUUGUCAUUGCUCCUGUUGCUUCGGAAGCAAGUGGAAAAAGGUUUGGCUUGUAUUGAAACCGGGUUUCUUGGCUUUCCUUGAAGAUCAUUUCAGCACCAAACUCUUAGACAUUAUUGUCUUUGAUGUCCUGCCAACUUCAAGUGCUAAAGGAGGCAACGGCAUAACUUUGGCAAAAGUAAUAAAAGAUCGAAAUCCUUUGCGCCACUCAUUUCAGGUUUAUUGCGGGAACAAAGACCUAAAGAUUAGGACUACAAGCCAAGGGAAAGCUCACUGCUGGGUUUCUGCCAUAAAUGAUGUCAAAUCAAAGAACUCUGAAAAAUGGUGCCAUCCUCAUCGUUAUAACUCCUUCGCCCCUAUAAGAGGCCAGGUUGAAGAUGGAAGCGAAGCUCAAUGGUUUAUAGAUGGAAAAGCAGCAUUUGAAGCAAUUGCUUUGUCAAUAGAGAAUGCAAAAUCAGAGAUAUACAUGACCGGAUGGUGGCUUUGCCCUGAGCUGUAUUUACGGCGUCCAUUUCACGAGCACAACUCCUCACGGCUUGAUGCUUUACUCAAGGCUAAAGCACAGGAAGGAGUUCAGAUAUACAUUCUUCUUUACAAGGAAGUUUCGCUUGCAUUAAAAAUCAACAGCUUAUACAGUAAGAGGAAGCUUCUCGAUGUUCAUGAAAAUGUUAAGGUUCUUCGCUAUCCUGAUCAUUUGUCAACUGGCAUAUACUUAUGGUCUCACCACGAAAAGCUUGUAAUCAUUGAUCACAAGAUUUCCUUCAUUGGAGGGCUGGAUUUAUGUUUCGGUCGCUACGACACUAUGGAACACAAAGUAGGUGAUUUUCCACCUUAUUUAUGGCCAGGAAAAGAUUACUAUAAUCCAAGAGAAUCGGAGCCAAAUUCUUGGGAAGACACCAUGAAAGAUGAAUUGGAUCGAUUGAAAUAUCCUCGGAUGCCAUGGCAUGAUGUUCACUGCGCCAUAUGGGGUCCUUCAUGUUGUGACAUUGCCAGACAUUUUGUGCAGCGCUGGAACCAUGCGAAGAAAAGCAAAGCACCAAAUGAACACAAUAUACCAUUACUUAUGCCUCAGCAUCACAUGGUUUUACCUCAUUACUUGGGGAGAAGCCAGGAUGCAGACAUUGAGGGGAAGCUUUCUGAUUUCACAUGGGAGAAAAUAAGUCGGAAGGAUUCUUGUUCUUCGCAAACACCACCAGAAGACAUUCCACUGCUUUUGCCUCAUGAAUCAAAUGGUAGUUCAUAUCCCUGCCAGGAUUCCAACUAUCCAACUUCUUGCAUGUCAACCGUACAUUAUUUGGAUGAUCAUGAUAACAGAGAUGCCCAAAGUGAGACACUAUCAGAAGCAAUCUCAGUGUCUGAUUUACAGUACCCACCGGAGUAUUGGUGGGAAUCACAAGGACAAACUUUACAGGUUAUGUCAGCCAAUGAAAUAAAUCAAGUUGGACCGCAUAGCUCAUGCCAUUGCCAGGUUGUCAGAAGUGUGAGUCAAUGGUCUGCUGGAACAAGCCAACCUGAAGAUAGCAUCCAUAGAGCUUACUGUGAUCUCAUUGAGGAAGCCGAGCACUUCAUUUAUAUUGAGAACCAAUUUUUUAUAUCGGGUCUUUCGGAAGAUGAAGUCAUACAAAAUCGUGUGCUUGAAUCUCUAUACAAUCGCAUUAUAAGGGCAUACAAAGAGAAUUCUUGUUUCAGAGUCAUUAUUGUCAUCCCACUCUUACCAGGUUUCCAGGGCGGUGUCGAUGAUAGCGGGGCAGCCACAGUUCGAGCAAUAAUGCAUUGGCAAUAUCGUACAAUUUGCAGAGGAGAAAAUUCCAUACUGAAGAGACUCUUCUUGAAGCUGGGUGACUUAACAGAGAAUUUCAUAUCAUUCUUCGGUUUGAGAACUUAUGGCCAACUUUUUUCAGGCGGUCCGGUUGUUACAAGCCAGGUAUAUGUUCACAGUAAAGUUAUGAUCAUAGAUGAUCGAUGUGCUUUGAUUGGAUCAUCCAACAUAAAUGACCGGAGUUUGCUGGGAUCGAGAGAUUCUGAGAUUGCUGUUGUCAUAAAAGAUAAAGAAUUUGUCGAUUCACACAUGAAUGGGAAACAAUGGAAGGCUGGAAAAUUUGCUUUCAAUCUCAGGUUGUCUUUGUGGGCCGAGCACCUUGGGCUAAAUACCAAUGAGGUUUCUCAAAUACAUGACCCCAUAGCUGAUGCAACAUACACAAGCUUGUGGCUACAAACUGCCUGGGUAAGAUUCAUUUCAUAUUUAUUGCACUGA